AGCUGAGAGAGUCAUCGCGGCAUCUUUCUGCGCAUGCUAAGAAAGUUGCCCAGGAUCCAAUGAAUGCUCAACAUUCUAACCUCGCUUCCGCCCAGCAAGUCAUUCAUUCACACGGUACCGCCU